AUGCCCAAGUACAUCCUGACCGGUGCCGACGGCAACCUCGGCGGUGUGGCCGCCGACUUCGCGGUGGAGAUCGCCAAGCCUGAAGACGAGCUCGUGUUCACGAGUUACACUCUGGACAGCAUCCCGACCGACAAGCUCAAGCGCUGGCAGGACAAGGGGGUGAAGGUCGUGGCUGCCAACUACGACGAGCCGGAGACCCUCAAGCCGGUGUUUGAAGGCGCCGAGGCCGUGUCGUUCAUCUCGACGUGGCUCAUUGGAGGCCGUCGCCGCAACCAAGCCAAGAACGUCAUUGACACGGCCAAGGCGUGCGGCGUAAAGCGCAUCUGCUACACGUCGUUUGUCGGUGCCGGCUCCACCGCUGAGAACGAGGAGGACAUCCCGUUCCUGCCGCGUGACCACCACUUCGUGGAGCAGCAGAUCUACGCCUCGGGUCUGCAGUACAGCAUCCAGCGCAACUACCUGUACGCCGACAACAUCCCCAACUUCUUCGCGCCGUCCUGGAAGUUCACGGAGAACCGCUGGCUGACCAACACGCACGGAGCUCGUGGCGCCUACGUGGCUCGCGACGACUGCGGCCGUGUCCAGGCUGCGCUUCUGCUGGGCCGUGGCGAGCCCAAUCACGUAUACGACGUGACCGGCCCCGAAGCCGUCUCCCACGAGGAGAUCUUCGACUUCAUGUGCAACGAGACCGGCUACAAGGCCGAGUUCGUCGACAUGUCGGACGAGGAGCUCAAGAAGUACUGGCUGGGGCGCGGCCUGCCUGUCAACGUCUACGGUGACUUCUCCCAGCUGCCCAUGAAGCUCUGCAUUGGUGACCUGCUGUGCUCUGGUGAGACCGUGGCGAAUGGAUCUAUGAGCCAGACCUCCGACACCGUCGAGAAGCUCACGGGCCGAAAGCCCACGCACUGGAGGGACGCCAUGCUCAAGUACCGCGGCAUCUUCCCCAAGCCGGAGUAA